GCCCAAUUCCCACCGGACCCUGCCCGAGAGGUCUGGAGUAGUCUGCCGAGUCAAAUACUGCAAUAGCCUUCCCGACAUCCCAUUUGACCCUAAGUUCAUCACCUACCCCUUUGACCAGAACAGGUUUGUUCAGUACAAAGCAACUUCCUUGGAGAAACAGCACAAACAUGACCUUCUGACUGAGCCAGACCUGGGGGUCACCAUUGAUCUCAUCAACCCCGACACCUACCGCAUUGAUCCCAAUGUUCUCCUGGAUCCAGCUGAUGAGAAGCUUUUGGAAGAGGAAAUUCAGGCUCCCACCAGCUCUAAGAGAUCCCAGCAGCAUGCGAAGGUGGUGCCAUGGAUGCGGAAGACAGAGUAUAUCUCCACUGAGUUCAACAGAUACGGUAUUUCCAAUGAGAAGCCUGAGGUCAAGAUUGGGGUUUCUGUGAAGCAGCAGUUCACAGAGGAAGAAAUAUACAAAGACAGGGACAGCCAGAUCACGGCUAUUGAGAAGACUUUUGAAGAUGCCCAGAAAUCGAUCUCCCAGCAUUACAGCAAGCCCCGAGUGACACCAGUGGAGGUCAUGCCUGUCUUCCCAGAUUUCAAGAUGUGGAUCAACCCUUGUGCUCAGGUCAUUUUUGACUCAGACCCGGCCCCUAAGGACACGAGUGGAGCAGCUGCACUAGAGAUGAUGUCUCAGGCCAUGAUCAGGGGCAUGAUGGAUGAGGAAGGGAACCAGUUUGUGGCUUAUUUUCUGCCUGUGGAAGAGACACUAAAGAAACGAAAACGGGACCAGGAGGAAGAGAUGGACUAUGCACCAGAUGAUGUGUAUGACUACAAGAUCGCUCGGGAAUACAAUUGGAAUGUGAAGAACAAAGCCAGUAAGGGCUAUGAGGAGAACUAUUUCUUCAUCUUCCGAGAGGGCGAUGGGGUUUACUACAAUGAGCUGGAGACCAGGGUCCGUCUUAGUAAGCGUCGGGCCAAGGCUGGGGUUCAGUCAGGCACCAAUGCCCUGCUUGUGGUCAAACACCGGGACAUGAAUGAGAAGGAAUUAGAAGCUCAGGAGGCACGAAAGGCCCAGUUGGAAAACCACGAACCAGAGGAGGAGGAGGAGGAGGAGAUGGAGGCUGAAGAGAAGGAAGCUGGGGGCUCAGAUGAGGAGCAGGAGAAAGGCAGCAGCAGUGAGAAGGAAGGCAGCGAGGACGAGCGCUCUGGCAGCGAGAGCGACCGGGAGGAGGGUGACAGGGAGGAGGGAAGCGACAAGAGUGGCAGCGGCGAGGAUGAGAGCAGCGAGGACGAAGCUCGUGCUGCCCGCGACAAGGAAGAGAUUUUCGGCAGCGACGCUGAUUCAGAGGACGAUGCCGACUCUGAUGAGGAGGACAGAGGGCAGGCCCGUGGGGGCAGUGACAAUGACUCGGACAGUGGCAGUGAUGGGGGCGGCCAGCGGAGCCGCAGCCAGAGCCGGAGCCGAAGUGCCAGCCCUUUCCAAAGUGGCAGCGAGCACUCAGCUCAGGAGGAUGGCAGUGAAGCUGCAGCUUCUGAUUCCAGUGAGGCUGAGAGUGACAGUGACUGAGCCGCGAGGCCUCCUGAGGCCAGCGCACACACCGUUAGGGCAGGGAAGCACUUUUCUAGCUGUCUGUUUUGUGAGCCCCUUGUUCGUCCCCACCCCUCGAAUCUUUGCUGUUAAUAAAGUCAACUUCUCUUGACUUCA